GAGUGGGUAGUGCUGUACCGCAGCAUGAUUAUGACUAGAGGUCAUAACACCUACAACAUUGCUGAGGCGUCGAUAAGGAUCUUGAAAGACAUUGUGCUUUCGAGAACAAAAGCUUUCAACGCCGUAGCACUAUUAGAAUCUAUCUUGCAAGUCUGGGAGACCUGCUUUCAAGCCAGAAUUCUAAGGCAUGCUAACGACUGCAUCCCAUCGCAUCACAUUUUAUGUCAUAACCUCCUAAAAAGGAUGCCAGAUGGAGCUGCAGAGACCAUUGUAUAUCAGGGGAACCAAUGCUACAUGGUACCAAGCGCAAAGAAGAACGACGUUUAUGAAGUUUAUGGAGACACUGGCAUCUGCACAUGUCCGGCAGGAAACACAGGUGCUUUCUGUAAGCACCAGGCGUUGGUGCAAAAAAAGUUGGGGGGCAUGUUCCCAAACGGCCCAACACUAUCCGCAAAUGACCGCCGCCAACUGGGAUGGCCAACUCUUGGAGACAACUACCCCAGUAUUGAAUCUUAUUUAUCAGAGACUGCCAAUGAAACAGAAAAACAAAACGACGUUCAUGAGCCAGAUGUUGCUCCAUUACCAGUUGUGGAAGGUCACAGGACUCCUCCGGACAACGAGCAGGAUUUUCCAGCACAGUUGCCAUCCACUUCUGGCUCGGAGCAAGAAGACACAAAGGUGGUGGACGACAACCUGGAGGACUUUAUUAAAGAAAUGAGGGAAGUUCAUGCCAAGGAACAGCGCAACGACACGUACAAGAGGCGCCUGGCCAGUGCCAUCGCGCGCUUGAAGAGCAGCAGCAACGUGGUGUCAGGGCCCUUAUAGCAAUGGACAGUGCGCUUGGGCUAGAAUUAGGGCGUGAGCGUUCUAUAAAAGUGCAGCCCGCAGCUGCUUCCAGGCGUCACCCCGGCAUGACACGGGGAUCGAAACGGGUGACAGCCGGACGACCGUCAAGUGCUCUUUCCCCAAAGAGGCCAAAGAUACGCUGCCAUUCACUCAAGCAAAGCAUAGAUUUGAAUGUGUCACAUGCCAAAUUGCAUGGCUAUGCACACUGACUUUCUGUUAAUGAGUGCAAUAAAAUGUUAU